UUUCAUUCUUGGCUUUUAGAUAUAACAGUCUGUACUGUUGUGGCCUACAAAAUUGUACAUAUUUAUUUUCUGCUUUGAAAACGUAUAGUUUAUAUAAAAAUUAAAUACAUCAAAAUUUAGUAUUGAAACACAAUGAAUUCGUCAAAUGCUUUGUUAAGCUGCAGGAUAGUGGCCUUCGGAUUUGGAAACCUGGUAAAGCGUCGCGGAAUGAAGCAGCUACGCUUAGAUGGUAUUCACUACAAGGUGAGCUUCAACCCGGGACUACAGAUGGAGCCGGAGAAGCCGGAGCCUGAGAAGCGCAUGGAUGACACGAAAUACAGUCCAGGUCGUUGGACGGAGCGGAAAUAUCAGGCCACAUGGCGGGAAGCUGUCAUCGAAGAGCCGAAAAGCCAUGAGGAAGUGAAGAGCUCACACUCACAGGAGGAGCGACCACCCUUCCGAGAACUUCGCCGAACUACCGACCCCACAAGGCGCCUCCAGAGGAUCGCAAUUCCUGCCAACCAAUUCAUAUCGCAGUUUAUCUCCACCCAAAGCAAAAACAAAAGGCGCCACGUAGAAGCUGCCGCAGAUCGAAUGGCGUUUGAUGGAUACCAAACGAUCUAAAAUGCCAAGUAAAAGUCAAGACGUCAUACCCGUUAUUCAUAGAGUUAAAAGGUAUACUAGAUUCGCUGAAAAGACCACUAGCCGAGUUGAUCUGGCCAUGUUCGUCUAAUUUGCCCAACAAAUGAAGAAAUUUUGCAAUUUUUGAUUCGCCAUCCAGCUAACUCGCAAAACUCAACUACAGUGUUCUUUCUUGUUUUGUUUUAAGGUCGAAUAGGAUUUUCUGUCCUGUACAACAGGAGAAACGAAAACAAAUUAAAUGUCCAAUUUUUAAGAUAA